GUCAUAACUAUUGAAUUUGCACCACAACAACGACAUCAUGGCCGACACCGAAAAGAAAGCCGGCAAUGACUUGGCUCUUUUGAAAUCUACCGUCGAAAACAUCAAGAAUUUAAUUCUACAACUACAAGCUUCAGCAAAAGCUCCAGAAGAUGUGAAGGAGGGGUCAUCGUCUGAAAAGAAAGAGCAACCUAAGCACGCCGAUGUCAAUGCCAUCGACCUUGCCCAUGAUUCUGCGAGCUUAAUCAAAGCACACUCGACGAAGUUGUCCCUUUUGAUUAUCAAUAACCCUUUUACGCCUUCCGCAAUCAGUAAAGUCUUGGGAGAACUUGUGUCGGGACCUUUGCCAGGCCUGGCAUCUGCCGUCGAAAUUUGCCAUGCUGCGAAAUACACUAAGGCUAUGAGUGAGGAGCUGCAAUGGAGAGUAGAUAAGGUUUUGACGGAGUUAUUGACUCUGAUCAAUGCAAUUCCAUUAGAUGGCAACAUUUUGAGUGACGACAAGAAGAAUGGAACGGGAAAAUCAAGUGGGAAGGGUAGUUUGGCUUCGACAGGUGUUGUAUGGGAUGCCUGCGAUUCUGUCAUGGGUUUGAAGACUUUGGGUGUAGCGGGAUUGGCUAUGAAGAAAGCUGUAGAAUAUCGAGAUUUGGUGAAAGAUGCGCUCGAAGAAUUGCAAGCAUGGGCGGAGGAAGAAUCAGAUGACGAGGAUGAGGAUGAGAACAGUGGUAAUGAAGAUGACGAAGGAAAGGACCCUCAAGAUAUUGUGGAUGAUCUCUUUGGAUCGCAACCACAUAUUCCUAAAGACGACCCGGAAAAGAUUCGCGAAAAGCUCGAGUCGUCGACCAAAAGAUUGAGACUCAUAAUUCUGAUGUAUCAAGCGGUCGAGAAGAGGAGGUUCAAGACACUUCCCUACCUGCCACAUCCUGAGUUGCCUACACAACUGAAGGAGAAAUCUUCAGAGGACCCAGGUAUUGUGGAGUGUUUAGAUGAAGUACUUGUAAGAAUGAAGAAGAUCACAAACCUCACGGAUGAUCUAGCAAGUGCAUUCUAUGACUUAGAUAGUUGUGCAAUUGACAAGCUCAUGGAUGAGACUUGGUUCACUGGUUUUGCUACAGUUGAGUUGUUGACCAAAGACUGGGAGGGACAGAAAGAUGAUUUCACUACUUGGGCAUACAAAUUCCAGCUGGCUAUGAAAAAGGGCUGGUAAUGUAAUGAAAGCAACGACUUUACCGAGCUGCAUUCUUUCAAUCGUUAUAUUGGGACUAUGAUUCUUGAAAAGUUUACUAGAUAUCAGCUAAUAGCGACUAGCUUGAUUGUUGCUUGAUCUGAUUUUAUGCAAAUUAUCAGAAAGAAAAAGAUUUGGAUUUUGUUGGCAGAUUUAGAAUUUCACAAAGAUAUGAUACCCAGAUGC